AUGAACGGCCACGACCAUCACAGACGCAAAGAAGACGACGAGAUGGAUGGAGAGAGGGAGUUGCUCUCCCAUCAGGUCCUAUCGGAUACCUCAUCCGAUGCUGAGUCUCUCGAGUCUGACGAUGGAGCCACUGAGGCAGACUAUCAGCGCCCUUGGGCUGACGAGCCUCCAGAUGAUGACGACCCCGACGACCAUGACUAUGACGACCAUGAUGACCAUGACAACGAUGAUGAUGCGACGCGUGUCACCAAGACCAGGACAUGUGCCCGCAAGAGAUCCAUCCCCAACGCGUCGGACAACGGAACUGGCUCCAAGAGGAGCAAAGCCGACAAGAAGUCGCGGCCCGCUCAAAGGGACUGCGCCCGACGAAAAAUAUUCUCCAAAGUGCACGCGCUGUCUUGCCAAUGCGAGAACUGGUUGUCCAGAUGUGUGUCAAUGUCGCUGCUCCGCACCGAAUCACUGCUAACUUCAAAGCUUGUUCCUGCCCUUCGAUCAUGUGGCCAUGAACUGGCCACGGCCUACGAGAACUACCACUUCCACGAUGGUAGUAGCAAGAACAAGAGGCUGUUGAUCAAGAUGGCCCGCAAGUUUUCCGCAAAGGCGAAAGAGCUCGGCCUGAACGCCGAGUCAACCAGCCUCAAGCCUACACGGGCAAAAACCAUGAGGGCUAGCGAUCUCUCAUCAGCCAAGAAGACCACGACACCAUCAACUUCAACUUCGGCCACGGCGAAGCCCACUCCUGUCUCGACCACCACAAACCCCCUUCCGUCGUACGUGGAAUCGACAACAGCUGGGGCAGCCUCACUCAGGCAGUCUGCGAAGUCUGUUGACCGUGUCUUGGUUAGGCUGACCGCACUCGAGGCGAAUUUCUCUACCCUCAAAGCAGAGUUUGUCACUCGCAUGGCAAGGCUCGAGACUCGGGUUGACGAGCUCAUCACUGCGACCAGCACGAUUCACCAUGGCAUGAGGGAGCAGUCCCGGACCACCCAGGAUCACCUCGCAGUGCGAACCGCUCGCUCGGACACUCGACGCACCCAGUAUGACCAGCAGCAAGCCGAGCCGACCCCCGUACAGCCUUCUCGCCCCAGAGGUUGGGAGUACCAGAGUAUAUUACCGCGCCGAUAUCGAGACUUCCCUGCUCAAUCUCGCGCCGCCCCGGCUAACACUGGAGGAUGGAGACCGUCAGAGCUGGUUGGCAUCAACUCCAAAGGUCUAUGCGAGAGCGUGCGGGGCGCAUCUGUGGAUAUCUUGCACUUCGAGUAA